UGUAGGUGUACGACGACGCCGACGGACGAAAACCAACGCCAAGCCUAAUGUUUAUUUGACUUUUCAGCCAAAAAUUACUGUCGAAGCCGUUUUAGACGGCCUCUGAAAUGGGCAUUAUUCGAUCACAUUUUCGAUAAAUGAAUAACGUUUUGAGUGGACUUAAAGUACUUUGGCGUAAAAUAUCCUGGAACAGUGUUGAGGAAGACCUUGCAAUUAUGUCACGGACUGUGACGCCUAAACAAAUGCCUAAGAUGGCUGCCUCAAAAGGGAAGCCUGCUACAAAGAAGAACAGUGGGAAAGUGAAAGAAAAAAGUAAAUGCAAGUCUGGUAAUGGGAGUGGUAGCAGUAGUAGUACACUUGGUUCAAGUGGAAUUCCAAGUGUUGGGUCUGGAGACUCUCCCCUCAACCCAGAGCCUCGUGAGGAAGUCGGUCUUGGCUUUCCACUUCCUAAGACUACUGACACAAGCCGAACACUGCCCCGUUAUUAUGCGGUGUUAAAUCGUUCUGAAGAAGAGGGAGUUUUAAUGGAUGAUUUAGACCAGCUUCAGAUGGAUCUGGAAUCUCUGCUCUCUAAAGUUGCAGUCCGACAGCGUCUCCUUCAAAGUGAAAUACUUUCCAUAAACAAUGCUGAUAGCAGUAUAGAUAGAGGGAAAGCUUCAUCUCCUGGGAAAAAGGGUCGAUCUCGUGGGAGCAAACUGGUUGAGAACCUCACAAAGACUCGAGAUGUAGCCCGCUCCUCAAGUUCUAAACAUUCAAAGAAGCUAUAUCGAAUGGCACCUUUGGCUGGAUCAGUGCCUGUGGUUCCCCCAGACAAUGAUCCCAAACCACCAGCUCCCAAAGUACUUCUUAGCAAAAAUAGUGCUCCAAAUCGAUUUUGGAUAUCUGUUGAGCCUUACUGCUCAGAAGUGAAUCAAGAACACAUAAAGGUUUUGGAAGAUCUGAUCCACCACAAUGAGUCCAGUUUGCAAUCAUUACUUGAAACUCCUCCUCUUGGAGAACAUUACAGUGUUAAUUGGGCCCUGCAAGAGUUAGUUGAAGCACAAGAAGCAGCGAGCAUGAACAAACAACGGCGGAAACAUGCUUCAUUACCAAGCUCUCAAGAUGCUGCCAACAUUCUGAAAAGAAGCUCUCGCUUUGGGUUUGAAAAGCAAUCCACCACUCCUGGACCUGGGCCGUUUGCAAACAGACUAUUAGCAGCACUCAUUCAAGAAAAUCCAGUCUCACCAUUGCAUGAAUCCACUGAAUGCAACAAAGUCAAAGUGAAAAUUGAAAAUGAUGAUGAUGAUGCCUCAAGUGCCAAGCGCAUAAAACUUGAGGUUCCUGGUGAGAAGCCUUUAAAAGAUAAAGUACGAGCAACAGGUCCCACCAAAGUUGUAGGUGGUGAAAACAUUGUGCCAUACAAACCCCAUGUUAUUGCUUGUUUUGAAAGAAGCCUGCGUCUUCAACUAGAAGCUCAAGGAUUGUUGGAUACCCCUGAAGUGAAGAAGGAAGAAGAGGAGGAGGACGGAGUCCUCUCUGAACUUCACCGCUGCCAAGAGGAGUUGCAGGUUCUUGCCCAAGAAAAUGAGCGCCAGCUGCACUCUAUGAUCAAACUGUUGCAGGAAGAGAUGGUGCGUCAAGAUCUUCGCAAGAAGUUAAAACAUCAAGAUAGCGAGAUACUGGAAACGUACCGUAAAAUUGUUGCUGCCAAACAAAAGAGAAAACCACUUUCCAAAAGUGAAAGAGAUGCUGCUUGGAAAACUGUCAGAGAUAGAGAAGUUGUGGUUAAAAAUUUAGACGCAUUAGAAAGGAAAUGGUAGACAUAUCUUUAAGCUCCCUAGCUGCAUAUUCAUGUUCUGAAAUUCAGCAUCAUUAUAAUCAUUUAUUUAUAUUAUCUUUUAUGUAUUAUACCAUCAUCAGCACAAGACUGUAUAGCAACAUUAAUUACAAAGCAACUUAACCACAGUAUUUAUUUCUUCAAUUCCUUUCUCAACAGAAGUAUUAGGUCUUGCUCUUUACUUUGUGAGCCAGGGAAUGCAUCUUGGUGAUGCCAGUUCUUACACAUGCAGAUGCGGCAUUGAUAACAGUGCAGGUAAUAUCAAUGCAGGGUGUUAUGAACGAGAACUUAAAUGUGUGGGCUUUUAAAGAUAGGGAACAAAGAAAACAACACCUAAAAAGUCAGAUCUGUUCAAACUGUAAUUGGCUAAUAUGUGACAAAAUAGUACAAGCCAACAAAGAAAAUAAAAAACCUAUUUUAUCACUUA